CGCAACCAAGUACAAUGCCCCAGUUGCGACUAUGGCAGUUAUUCUGGAUCUCAUGGAAAAUAACUGUCUAAGAAAUCUAGCAUGUAAUGGACAACGCAGAAUCCAAUAUCUGAAUCAGGAAUCCAACUAGGUCGACGGUACCCGCGAUGGCUUCGAAACCGACAUCAAGAUGGAAUUUCCUGCAACAAGCCGUCGCAUCUGUGGAAUCCAGACUAGACGACAUUCUGGCGGAAGACAGCGAACCGCCAAAGCGAAGCAGCACACCGGCGCAGGCUCCACGGGACUCAGCGCCAUCUAAGAGAAAUUCCUCUGACCUCUCGAGAAGUAAUAGCAAUGCUUCAAACGUCAACGACCGACUGCAAGAGCGACUCGCGCGAGCGAUGGCAAAGAAGAAUGCUAGCCGCACCGAAUCUCCUGCUCCUGGCCUUCAGCCGGCAGCAGAUGUUACUUCAAACGGGAGUGCACCCGAAACGGACAUUGAAGUGAAAGAAGACCAUGUUGCAGACGCCCGCCAUACAGACACCACCGCAGAUAGCCGGAUACAAGAAUUAGAGGCAGAACAGGCUAGGCAAUGCCCUAAACCCGCAGAGAAUGAGCCAACAUUAGCAACACCGGAUGGUAUAGCUCAGCCGAAUCAACAAAUACCGAAGAUAGACAUCAGUGUGCAGGAUGACGCUAGCUCUACGCGGACUUCCACUGACGCUCUGAUGGCCAGCCAGCCGUUAUCGGCCCGAGCAUCCCAGGAUCUACCAAGGAAAAGCGAAGAAAGCCUUGUGCAGACGGCAGGGACCACAGAAUUACGGGAAGAGAUAAGCACGUACAUCGAGAAGAUAGAUGCGCUGCAGUCGAAACUUCAGUAUCUGAGCAAAGAGGCCGCGCGCUCGGCCGCACAGGCAGCCGCUUCUGCCCAGCCUGGAAGCCUGGAAAAGAAGAUCUUGGAGAAGGACGAAAAGAUUGCCUUGCUUAUGGAAGAAGGCCAAAAGUUAUCAAAAACUGAGAUGAAGCAUUUGAGCACGAUCAAAAAGAUGCGAGCACAGAUAACGGCUACCUACAAAGAACAAGAGGCCGCCAAACUCCGGGCGGACAAGGCUGAGCGCUUCAUGAAAGACAUGGAAGACAGGGCAAAGAAGGCUGAAGCAGCAAGUAAAAGAGCAGAGCAGUGUCUGGCAGCGAGUACAACGGGCUCGAGUGACCUUGAGGCUGUACGCAAGGAGAGAGACGCCCUACAGACGACAUUAGCGGACAUGAGAAGCCAAAUAUCAAAAGCCAAUGCAAGAGCCGAAGCAGCUGAAAGCAAAGCUCAAGCAGACCAGUUGGCGAAAGAGCGAAAGCGGAAUGCCGAGUUACAAGACGACUUGACCAGUGCUAAAAUCGAGAGAGAGAUAUCCGAGGAGAAGUUACGGAGAGAAAUCAAAGAUCUACAGGCUAUUUUGGAGAGGGAAAAGGAACAAACCAAGGCCAUGGAGAGUGAAAUGCUCAGCGAGCAGGCGUCUCUUGAAAGCAAGCUUGAAUACUUCCGUGUCCGAGCGGAAGAAGCUUCUUCUGCAGACCAUGGACAUGUGCAGGCAAAGCUCCUUCGACAAAUCGAAACGUUGCAAAGUCAAUAUGCAACGGCGAGUCAGAACUGGCAAGGGAUUGAAAGCACCCUGCUAGGGAGGAUAACCAACCUCGAAAAGGAACGCGAUGAGAUUGCGGCCAGGGAAGCCGACCUCCGAAAGAAGUUCCGGGACGCCACGCUGAAGCUUAAGAGCAUAGAAAAGGAGCUGAACAGCGUCCAGAAUGAACAUGUCGAUGUGGAGAAAUCAUUAGCUGUUGCCGAAGGAGAGGCCCAACGAUUGAACCGAAAAGCAACUCAGCUUGAAGCUGACUUAGCGAAUGCUCUCCAAGAGCUUGAAGAGCAAAAAAUGGCGUCCGAGAGGGAGCUCCAACGCAAGCUAGAGGAAGAAAAGGCGAAGUGGACAGCGACUUUACAGAUUCAACGUACAGAAUCGCCGGGCACUUCUAUACGCAAAGCCUCGAACCUAGGUCUGGAUAUCGGCCAUUUGCUGAGUCCGGUCCAGUAUGACAGACCGACCAGCCGAAAAUCCUCCAUGAUGCAGUCCUUCGACUGGAACACUCCUCCUCGUCACCAAUCGACGGCUUCUUUCAAAGCCAUGGCGAAUGGGUCCAUCGUCGAAACACCAUCCGUGGUGACUUCUAAUGAUGCGGAUGACUUCUUUGCCAAUGUCCCUCCGACACCACAUUCAAUCAGCCACCAUUCUCAUCGUGGUGUCAACGACCUGAUCUCUACAUCCACUGUCGGAGCCGGUCCUUCUGUUCAACUGGUCGAGAGAAUGUCGGCCAAUGUCCGUCGGCUUGAGAGCGAGAAAGCUGCGACCAAAGAUGAGCUUGCUAGACUCGCCACCCAACGGGACGAGGCCAGACAGGAGGUCGUCAGUCUCAUGCGCGAAGUCGAAGAGAAGCGAAAGAUCGACGAUCGCUUAAGGGCUCUCGAGAAAGAUCACGAGGGUCUGAGUCAACGGCAUCGGACUACUCUCGAGCUUCUGGGCGAGAAGAGUGAGCAGGUGGAGGAGCUCAAGGCUGAUAUCCUGGAUGUGAAGCAGAUGUAUCGGCAGCUGGCAGAUACCAUGGGGAAAUCCUGAUAUGUUGCGUGCACGACCUUUUGUAAUUUGAGCGUCAUCUGUGC